UGGUGACACCUACAAUUGCUCAAUCAGAGACACAUCAGCAUCAUAUGGCUGAAGCUAGUCCAGAGGAGCUUGUUACAACCCAAUUACACGAGUCAGGUCAAAUUAAUGAAAGAGCUAAGAAAGGUAGGGGUGCUGCUUGUGGUAUGCCUGAAUGGGGAACUGGAAAAAUAGCGCAUAUUGAAUUUGAUGCUAAUUGGAUGCCUAUCAGUGAAAAUGGGAAGGGGUUUAGUUCACAACUUGGAAUCUUGGCCCGAGAUGGACAGAAGGUUCCUCUAACCUUUACUUCUUGGACUGCCAUACCAGAUGAUGUUUUGGAUGACAUUUGGAAAGAUGUCAAGGAUAACACGGAUGUUCCGGAUGAAUAUAAAUAUCAUUGCUUAAAGGUUGUUGGUAGUAGAUGGAGGGAUUGGAAGUGUCGAGUCAAGACACAAUGGUAUGAUAAAUAUGAAACUGAUGAGCAGCGAUUAGCAUUCACUCCUAAUCAGGUUGUUGCAGACCAAUGGAAAAUAUUAGUAAAGUAUUGGGGUCUUCCACAUGUACAAGUAAAGUGAUCAACUGAAAUUAUUUAGUAUUAUUGAAGAUCAGGAAAUACAAGAGUUAAGUUUAUGGUGUAUCAUUGCUUUUGUAGGAAAUGUGUGAAACGAAUAAAUCUAGCCGUGCACAAGGAGGAGGUGUCCCUCAUAGGACUGGUCGAAAAUCGUUUGCUAGACUACGAAAAGAGAUGAUGGAGAAUGGAGAGAAAACAGAUCGUGUGAGCAUGUUUGUCAAAACAAGAGCUAUGAAAACAAGGAAUGAUGAUGGUCAACCAAUUGAAGUACAUGAUGAGGAGGCUA